CCUCUGCCUCCCAGCUCUGAGUAGCACCAGCCCCCUGACCCAGCUCUAGGGCCACCCCCUCCCCGUCGACCCCAGGCCCGGCAGUGGAGCCGGGACUCGGGGUGAGCCCUCGGUGAGCCCCUACGACGGGGGAGCGAUGAGGAGGACGAGAGGCAAACCGAUCGGAGUUUAAUGUGAUUUCCUGAUCCCAGGGCGCUGUCGGCGGAAUAUGUGACAGCUCCAAGGGGUUAGGCGUCUCCAAUCGCAGCCGGUCUGGGUUGGAGUUUGGAGUUUGCCCCACGGCAAGCGAAUGCGAACGGCAGAAGGUAGAUGUAACUCCAAGGGCGACCCCCUCCUAGUCACUCACGGACCCCAAGGGCCAUGGAGAGCACAGCCAGCAGCCCCCCGCUCUCCAGCUUUGACAACAUGGAGGCCUUUCCCGAACAGAGCCUGGAGACCGUGGACAUUGUGGUGUUGGUGCUCUACUUCGUCUUUGUCCUGGCUGUUGGGCUAUGGUCCACGUGCAGGACCAAGAGGAAUACGGUGCAGGGCUACUUCCUGGCCGGAGGGGACAUGGCCUGGUGGCCGGUAGGGGCCUCCCUUUUUGCCAGCAACGUGGGCAGCGGCCAUUUCAUUGGCCUGGCCGGCUCCGGUGCCGCCGUGGGAAUUUCACCGACAGCAUUCGAGUUUAACGGGAUUUUUUCCGUCCUGAUGCUGGCCUGGCUCUUCCUUCCCAUUUACGUGGCAGGUGGGGUGACCACCAUGCCGGAGUACUUAAAGAAGAGAUUUGGAGGUAGAAGGAUACCGAUCUUCCUAGCUAUUCUCUAUCUGUUCAUCUAUAUAUUCACAAAGAUCUCGGUGGAUAUGUACGCCGGCGCCUUGUUCAUUCAGCAGUCGUUACACUUGGACCUCUACGUGGCCGUGGGAUGCCUGCUGCUGGUCACUGCCAUCUACACCGUGGCAGGCGGACUGGCUGCUGUCAUCUACACGGAUGCCCUGCAGACCGCAAUCAUGCUCAUCGGAGCCGUGAUCCUGAGCUGUUACAGCUUUGCGGCAGUUGGGGGGAUGGAAGGGCUGAAGGAGAAAUACUUUUCUGCCGUGGCCAGCAACCGCAGCGCGAACAACAGCUGUGGCUUGCCCAGAGACGACGCCUUCCAUCUUUUCCGGGAUCCCGUGAAUUCCGAUCUCCCCUGGCCCGGAAUUCUGCUUGGAAUCUCAAUCCCCUCUCUUUGGUACUGGUGUACGGAUCAGGUCAUUGUUCAACGUUCCCUAGCAGCCCGGAACAUGUCCCACGCCAAGGGGGGCUCCCUGCUGGCAGCGUACCUGAAGGUGCUGCCCCUUUUCCUCAUGGUGAUGCCUGGCAUGAUCAGCCGCGUCCUGUUCCCAGACCUGGUUGCGUGUGCAGAUCCCAAAACCUGCCAGAAGAUCUGUGGCAAUCCCUCGGGCUGCUCCGACAUAGCUUAUCCCAAACUCGUCCUGGAACUCCUGCCGCUAGGACUGCGGGGCCUCAUGAUGUCCGUGAUGGUCGCCGCCCUCAUGUCCUCCCUCACGUCCAUCUUCAACAGCUCCAGCACCAUCUUCACCAUGGACCUGUGGCGCCACUUCCGGCCCCGGGCUUCCGAGUGGGAACUCGUGAUUGUGGGCAGGGUGUUCGUGUUGCUGCUGGUGGUGGUGUCCAUCCUCUGGAUCCCCCUGGUGCAGGCCAGCCAGGGGGGGCAGCUCUUCAUUUACAUCCAGUCCAUCAGCUCCUACCUGCAGCCACCCGUUGCCGUCAUCUUCAUCCUGGGCUGUUUCUGGACCCGGACCAAUGAGAAGGGGGCCUUUUGGGGGCUGCUGGUUGGCCUGCUGCUGGGCCUGGUCAGGAUGGUGCUGGACUUCAUCUACGUGCAACCUCCGUGCGACCAACCGGACGACCGGCCCGGGGUGGUGAAACACGUGCACUACCUCUACUUCUCCACCAUCCUGACGGCCGUCACCACGGUCACGGUGGUGAUCGUCAGCUGGUUUACAGAACCCCCCUCCAGAGAAAUGGUCAGCCGCCUCACCUGGUUUACCUACCAGGAUCCCCCCAUGAAAGAGGUUCAGCCCACUUCGCCUCUGAACUCUGAUCCCAGAAACGUCUCUUCUGAACCCUGCAAUGCCAGACCCCAGCUUGAGAUGAACAUUCAGGAAAAUGCAUCAAACCCCAAAAACUGUGAUGGUACUAAAAAGCCAUCAAAACUGAAGGAAACCCUCUUCUGGCUCUGUGGGAUGGAGAGCGAGCCUGAAGAAGGCCCCGCGAGCCAACUCGAACCGGCCGUCGUUUUGGCGGAGAAGCCCCUUAUAAAGAGCAUUCUGGAUAUCAACUUGAUUCUCUGCAUCAGCAUUGCGGUAUUUUUAUGGGGCUUCUUUGCCUAAGGAAACAGCCACGUCUCCUAAUUUGUAAUUAGUGGAAAAGAAAAAAAAGAAUGAUCAGAUGUCACUUUCUGGGCAUUAACCGCCCCCCAAAACAAAAAUCUUUUUUUUCCUUUUGUUGAGGGGGUUAACUGGAAAGGUAUUAUGAAAGAAAGCAGACUCAGACUUUUCAUUUCAUCCCAUCUCUGCGAACUGGUAAACCUGGCGCAGGAAACCAGUGUGCGGAAGACACUGAUCUGAGUUGCACCAGCCUCGCGAAAAGAAACGACACAGGGCCACCGGGAUGAGAAACAUCAUCAAAGACUCAGUCUCAGUGGCGUGAACCCACCUCCACGCGACAGAGAAAAGGACACUAAAUAUUCUUAUGUGGUUGGAUCUCAUCUCCCUCUCCUAUUAUAGGGAGGGUCUUGAACAUUAAGUUCUGGCUGCAAGAAGGGCAUUGCCAGUUGAAGUGUUUAAUGAGUUACCACGUAAGGGUUUUUUGGAAAUCAUUAGCUUUAAAAAUAAACCUUGGGAGUCAAAGGAUGGACCAAACAGAAAA